AUGAAUCCUCCAGGUUACUCAGCUGACGCUUUUCCACUGCAGGGGGAGAGGAUGGUUGGGAUCCCCGCACAGCCUGAAGCAGCCACAAUUGUUCAGUACACCACUGUGAACGUCACCAGUGACCCCCCCAAAGACCACAUCAUCUGGUCCCUGUGCUGCUUUGUCUACUUUAACCCUUUAUGCCUUGGACUGGCAGCACUCGUGUACUCUUUUAAGGCCAGAGACCGGAAGGUGGCUCGAGACCUGGAGGGUGCCAGACACUACGGCGCCACUGCCCGCUGCCUCAACAUCUUGUCUACCCUCCUGUUUGUCGUCGCAGUCCUUGUUUCUAUUAUUGCAGUUGUAGUGUUUGUGGGGAAAAAGAAAAUCAUUCCAUAA